UCAGCUGUGCUUUUAUCUCUUUGUUAAUGUUAAUUUUAAAUGUUCGUUCUCAGAAAGAUGGUUCACGUUAAAUGCAGAAAUGUUAAAUAUCCUUUGAGCGACGUGCAAAGAUUAAUUGUGCCUGAAGAACAAACUCAGUGGUCUUCAAAUUUCGAUGAUUAUAAACCACCAAUUUAUAAUUCUUCUGUGUUGAAGAACAAGCCUUGGUCUGAUCUGGAUAUUGAUGACCCAAACUUUAAACCCAAAUGGAAUGAACUUGAUGGAAAUGUAAAUAGGAAAAGUCAUUUGGGGAUUUAUGAAAUUAAGGAUAAAUAUCCUUUGAAUCCUGAGGGAAGAACUGGAUUGCAAGGAAGAGGAAUUUUAGGCAAAUGGGGCCCCAAUCAUGCUGCUGAUCCAAUUGUUACUAGAUGGAAACUUGAAGAUGGCAAACAAGUUUUACAUGAAUCAAGCAAACUGCCUAUUUUACAAUUCUGCGCUAUUCAACGUCACGACUGCAAUGAAUGGGCAAUUCCAGGGGGAAUGAUUGAUCCAGGUGAAAAUGUUAGUCAAACUUUGAUGAGGGAAUUCAUGGAGGAAGCUAUGAAUUCAUUGCAAAACAAAAUAGAUUCUGCAAUGUUAAAAAUCUUCUUUGAAAAUGGAGUGAAAAUAUAUGAAGGCUAUGUGGAUGAUCCUAGAAACACAGAUAAUGCAUGGAUGGAAACGGUUGCCUACAAUUUCCACGAUGACGAUGGAAAUUCUGUAGGAAAAUUUUCUUUAAAAGCAGGCGACGAUGCUAAGAAUGUGCGUUGGAUGGACGUAGACAAAGAAACCCCAUUGUAUGCAAGCCAUUCAAAUUUCGUCUUCAGUGUUACCAAACUUAGAAACGCGCAUUGGUGAUUCUUCCUAUUAACAUGGUGGAACUUCUUUGUUUACAAAAAGUGAAAAUCUCUUGUAUUUCCAAUUAAUUAAAUUACAGCAAA